CCGAGCCUACCAAUCCCAGGCUGACUGGAGGGCGGGCUCUUCGAAUUUGAAUUGCGGAAGUGUUGCGGGUGUUCCGAGAACCUCGCCGAGGAGGUAAGCGUCGCUUGGGACCCGGCCGCCGCGGGCAGGGGCCACCGUGGGCCUGAGGCGCGAGCCCCGCGGCGUCCGGCCCUCCCUCCUCGCGGAGCCAAGCCUGGACUGCCACAGUCCCGCCCUGCCGGGCCCUUCACCCAAGGUUUCUGUGGGUCCCUGCUGAAGUUCUAUCUGAAAAUUGUGCUUAAGUGAAUUUUCUGUUAGAAGAACUUGCUUGCUACUGUCCUGUCAAGAUGAUUGCAACACCUUUGAAACAUCCAAGAAUUUACUUACCUUCAGAGACAUCAUCUCAAAGGAAAAAUAUACCCAUGGAUGCAAUCUUUUUUGACAGCAUACCUUCAGGCACACUUACUCCUGUAAAAGAUUUGGUGAAAUAUCAGAACUCCUCUUUAAAGUUGAAUGACCAUAAAAAGAAUCAGUUCCUAGAAAUGACAACUUUUAACAAUAAAAAUAUAUUUCAAUCAACCAUGAUGGCAGAGGCUGCCAUCUCCAACAGUUCUCUUGAUAUCAGUGUUAUAAAGCCCAACAAGGAUGGAUUAAAAAAUAAAGCAAACUAUGAAUCACCAGGAAAAAUAUUUCAAAGAAUGAAAGAAAAAGUACUGCGUGACAAGCAAGAACAGCCAUCAACAAACAAUAGUUUGUUGGAACCACAGAAAAGUGGAAAUAGUGAAACCUUCACUCCUAACAGAGUUGGCAAAAAACUACUGCAGCAUACCUACCUCUGUGAAGAAAAGGAAAACAACAAAUUAUUCCAGACAGAUAACAGUUCACUAAGAGAAGUUCCUCUAGAAUCAUCAAACAACGAUACUUUCCUCCUGGUCCAACAAAAGAUUCCGUGCCAGCAGGAAAAGAAAGCACCACUGUACAAUUUAACUUACGAACUUCCGACUCUGAACCAAGAACAGGAAAAUUUUUUGGCUACAGAAGCCCCAAACAAGGCAUUAACUAGAGCUCAAUUGGCUAAACAAAUUCUUCACUCAAAGGAAAAUGUAGUUGGAACCACUGGGUCUAAAAAGGACACAUUUGUUGUAGAAGGCCUAGGUUCUGCUGAUGAAGAGUUUCAAAAUACUAAUACUGAGACUCUCAGUACUAAUUGUGUUCCUACUGGCAGUCUGUUAACGGUUUCUGAGAGUGAGAGGACGACAGAAGGGACUUCGCAACAGGAAGUUAAGGAAGGAGAUGAAAAAGCAGUGCCUGGGGAGACUGGUCUACCAGGUUCCACGAAAGAUACAUGUAAAAUUGUACUUGCAACACCAAGACUUCAUUUAACAAUACCUCGGAGGUCAAAAAGAAAUGUUUCAAAGCUUUCUCCAAGAAUAUUUCAAACUAUAACAAAUGAAGUUAAAAAAAAUCAGGUAGUUCAGCUACAGGAAUGGGUGAUUAAAAGCAUCAAUAAUAAUACUGCUAUAUGUGUAGAAGGAAAAUUGAUAGAUAUCACUAAUAUAUAUUGGCACAGUAAUGUAAUUAUAGAGCGGAUUGAGCACAACAAACUUAGGACUUUAUCAGGCAACGUUUAUAUAUUAAAAGGCAUGAUAGACCGAAUUUCCAUGAAAGAAGCAGGGUAUCCAAACUAUCUCAUAAGGAAAUUUAUGUUUGGAUUUCCAGAAAAUUGGAAAGAGCACAUUGAUAACUUUCUAGAACAGUUAAGGGCUGGUGAAAAAAACAGGAAAGAGGCCAGAAAAAAACAGAAAACUAGAAGAUCUGUUCCUGACAUAAGAAAAUCAAUGAAAAAUGGUGCACGAGAAAACCAAACAGAUAUAAUUCAAAGAGCCACCACCGCUUACGAUCUUGAUUGUGGUAACUCAGAACUGAACAAUAAUAAGCACAGUGAGUUGCCAGGGGCUCCAGAAUUAAACGUGUGCCACAGUAAUUGCCAAAGUAAGCCAUCAUUAAGGUUCCCAGAUGACCAAAUAAAUAAUACCAUUCAAAAUGAAGGAGGAUAUGGGUUAUCUAAUCAGGAAUUAAUUGGAAAAAAAGAAUAUAAAAUGUCUUCAAAGAAACUAAAAAAUGGUGAAAGAGCAAAUGAAAGGUUAAUAAAAAGUCAGAAGCAAGAGACAACUGAAGAAUCGGAUAUAUCCAUUGACAUUCUAACCUCAAGGGGACAGUUUGUCCCAGAUGAAGAAAGAAAAUACAUCACCAUCAAUCAGAGAAAAGCUUGUAUUUUAGUAACACCACUUAAAUCUAGAAAAGUGAUAGAGCAAAGAUGCAUGAGGUAUAAUCUGUCCUCUGACACCAUUAAAGCAGUAACAGAUUUUGUAAUGCCAGAGCAUCAAAAAGAAAGUCCUGUCAACAAGGCCAUGGGGACUUCAGAAAAUACAUAUGAAGGUCAUAAAAGUAAAAAGAAGGAAGAUUGCAAUGAACAUGAUUUACUUAGUGUCAGCAAGAAAAUAAAAAUACCUAACUUUGAAAAGGAGCAAAUCCUCACCUCUGACUCUAAGAAAAAUGCCAAGUUGUUACCAAAAUUGAAGAAAAUAGAAAAUCAGGUAGCUAUGUCAUUUUAUAAGCAUCAGUCCUCACCAGAUUUGCCAACUGAAGAAAGUGAAACAGAAAAGGAAAUUAAAAGGAAAGCUGGAGUUGUUAAGAAAACCAAUGCAAGAAAUACCAAAGAAGCAGUGGUUCACCUGAGAAAGAGCACAAGAAAUACCACAAGUAAUAUUCCAGUGAUUUCAGAACCUGAAACUGAAGAAAGUGAAAAUGAAUUUUAUGUUAAACAAAAGAAAGCUAGACCUUCUGUCAAAGAAACUCUUCAGAAGUCUUGUGUUAGGAAAGAGUUUGCAAUUACUGAGGCAAUAGGAGCUGAGAAGUCAAAUAUUCAUUCCUUAGAAUGUUUACCUGGUUUAAUUCAGGAUAAGGAAUGGAAUGAGGAGGAGUUACAGAAACUUCAUUGUGCAUUUGCAUCUCUUCCAAAGCACAAACCUGGUUUCUGGUCAAAUGUAGCUGCAGCUGUCGGUUCUCGAUCUGCUGAAGAAUGCCAGAGGAAAUACAUGGAGAAUCACAGAGGAAAACGAUCCCAGAAACAUGUCACUAAGAAAAAGCCAGCCAAUUCCAAAGACCAAAAUGGCAAGAGAGGCGAUGCUGAUCAGAAACAAACUAUUAAGAUAACUGCCAAAGUGGGAACUCUUAAAAGGAAGCAACAGAUGAGGGAUUUUCUGGAACAGUUGCCAAAAGAUGACCAUGAUGAUUUUUUCAGUACAACAUCUUUACAUCAAAGAAUACUGUUGCCAAGUUUCCAGGACAGUGAAGAUGAUGAUGAUAUUCUACCAAAUAUGGACAAAAAUCCAGCAACUCCAUCAUCAGAUGUCUUUCCAUUGGCAAAAACUCCUCAGGGUCAGCACGUCAGUCCUGGAAUGCUCGCUUCCAUAAAUAGGAAUGAUUGUGAUAAAUAUGUUUUUCGUAUGCAGAAAUAUCAUAAAGGUAAUGGUGGUUUUGUCUGGGGCAACAUCAAGAAAAAAUUAGUUGAAACUGAUUUCUCAGCUCCAGCAUCAAGAAGGAAAACCCCAUUUAACCCAGAUUUAGGAGAAAACUCCAGUGUUGGAAAACUUUUCACUAAUGCUAUGGAAUCUUUAGAUGAUGAAGAAGAGAAAGAUCAUUAUUUUUCAAACUCUGAUUCUGCAGAGUAAAAUGAGAAAAUAUGAUUCCUGGGAGUUUUACCAUGAAGCAGACAGUGUACUAUUUUCUUUGUAGUUUAUGAAAAUGUGGACUUUUUUGAAGGUCUCAUGUGUUUGUAUUCAAACUAAAAUAUCCUCAUUGCUGCAGCUUACUAAAAAUUUAAAGAAAAAUUGCUUUUGCUUGUGUAGAUAUCUGUAAAUUUGUUUUUGCACAUUAAAAUAUAUAUAGAUACUUUUU